UUCUCCCAAAUGCGCGGCAACGGCAGGUAUAAGUUAUCAACUGUCAAAUUAAUCAUCCUAUGCCAUCCCCACCCCCCAUCACACUCACUCUCACUCAGCCACCACCCAUCACACUUACUCCCUCUCACUCACCCACCAACGUUGAGGGAAGAAGACGAUGACAUCUUCCGGGGCAACUUAGUGAUCUCACAAACCCGAGCAAACCCAUCUCUCUCGUAAAUUCAUAAUCUGGGUUGUUUGUGGCAAACAAGCUCCAAUAUAUCAAGUGUCGUACACUAUGUCAUCUGCCGCGGCAUAUUCAAGGCCCCCAUGUGGUGAUGGAUAAUGGCAUACUCCAAGUCACCUUAUCAAACCCAGAUGGCAUUGUCACUGGAAUACGAUAUAAUGGCAUUGACAAUUUACUUGAACCUCUUAAUAAGGAAACUAACAGAGGUUAUUGGGACCUUGUUUGGAGUGCACCAGGAAGUAAGGGAAUAUUUGAUGUGAUAAAAGGUACAACUUUUAAGGUUAUAGUGGAGAGUGAGGAACAGGUUGAGCUCUCAUUUUCAAAAACAUGGGAUUGCUCUCUUGAGGGGAAAUACGUUCCCCUAAAUAUAUACAAAAGGUUUGUAAUGCUUCGUGGUUCCUCGGGCUUCUACUCCUAUGGCAUUUACGAGCACCUGAAGGAUUGGCCUGAUUUCGACAUUGGUGAAACCAGAAUAACCUUUAAACUGAGAAAAGACAAUGAGAAAAAAAGUUUGUGUGUGUGUGUCUUACAUUACCUAGUCAGCAUAUGCCAUAACAAAAGGUUCCAAUACAUGGCUGUAUCAGACAACAGGCAGAGAUACAUGCCCCUACCUGAUGACCGGUUAUCAGAACAAUGUCAAGCCCUUGCCUACCCAGAAGCUGUCCUACUUGUUGAUCCCAAGAUGAAAGACCUUGCAGGAGAGGCGGAUGACAAGUACCAGUACUCGUGUGACAGCCAAGAUAAUAAGGUUCAUGGGUGGAUAUGCACCAACCCACCAGUUGGGUUUUGGCAGAUCACGCCCAGUGAUGAAUUUCGAUCUGGUGGACCUCUAAAACAGAACCUAACCUCACAUGUCGGCCCUACCACUCUUGCUAUGUUUCUUAGUAGUCAUUAUGCGGGACAAGAUCUGGUGCCAAAAUUUAGAGGUGGUGAACCAUGGAAGAAGGUUUUCGGCCCUGUUUUUAUCUAUCUCAAUUCUUCCACAAUUACAGAUGAUCCGUUUUGGCUAUGGGAGGAUGCUAAAAUACAGAUGAUGACAGAAGUACAAAGCUGGCCAUAUAGUUUCUCCGCAUCUGAGGAUUUUCAAAAGUCCAGUAAUGACUAUCAAUUCUGGACAAGGGCAGAUGACCAUGGCUACUUUUCUAUUAACAACGUGCGUACUGGCACUUAUAAUCUUUAUGCAUGGGUACCUGGUUUUAUUGGAGAUUACCGGUAUGAUGCUGUCAUUAAUAUAACAUCAGGUUCUUUUAUCGAAAUGGGUGAUCUUGUGUAUGAACCUCCAAGAGGUGGGCAAACAUUGUGGGAAAUAGGCAUUCCUGAUCGUUCUGCUGCAGAGUUUUAUGUUCCUGAUCCUCAUCCAAAGUAUAUCAACAGACUUUUCAUAAAUCAUCCUGACAGGUUCAGGCAAUACGGGCUCUGGAACGGAUAUGCUGAAUUAUAUCCUGAUGAAGACUUGGUUUACAUUGUCGGUGUUAGUGAUUAUGCUAAAGAUUGGUUCUUUGCUCAGGUUCCCAGGAAAACAGACAACGGACAUGAAGGAACAACAUGGCAGAUUAAGUUUGAACUGAAAAAUGUGGAUCGGAACAGUUGCUAUAAUUUGCGAGUUGCAAUUGCAUCUGCAACUCUUGCUGAAUUGCAGGUAAUGAUGGAUAAUGGGAUUCUCCAAGUGACGCUAUCAAAGCCAGAGGGAAUCGUGACUGGAAUUCGAUACAAUGGCAUCGAUAACUUGCUUGAAAUUCGUAACGAUGAAUCUAACAGAGGGUACUGGGACCUUGUUUGGAACUCAGCCACUACUGGAACAACAGGAAUAUUUGAUGUGAUCAAAGGAACAAGCUUUACGAUUAUAAUGGAAAAUGAAGAACAGGUGGAGCUCUCUUUCACAAGAACUUGGGAUCCCUCUCAAGGGGGCAAACUCGUACCCUUGAAUAUUGAUAAAAGGUUCAUUAUGCUUCGAGGUUCUUCAGGCUUCUAUUCCUACGCCAUUUACGAGCACUUGAAGGACUGGCCUGCUUUCGAGCUUGGAGAAACCAGAAUUGCCUUCAAACUCAGAAAAGACAAGUUUCACUACAUGGCCAUGGCGGACAAUAGGCAGAGAUACAUGCCCUUGCCUGACGACCGUUCACCACCGAGAGGCCAAGCCCUGGCCUAUCCGGAGGCCGUUCUUCUUGUCAACCCUGUGGAGCCGGAGCUUAAAGGAGAAGUGGAUGACAAGUACCAAUAUUCAUGUGACAACAAGGAUAAUAAGGUUCAUGGAUGGAUAUGCACCGAGCCGCCAGUGGGGUUCUGGCAAAUUACCCCGAGCACUGAGUUUCGAUCUGGUGGACCCUUUAAGCAGAACCUCACUUCCCAUGUUGGCCCCACCACCCUUGCGAUGUUUCUAAGUGCACAUUAUGCUGGAGAAGAUUUGGUGCCAAAAUUUGCAGCGGGUGAGGAAUGGAAGAAAGUUUUUGGGCCAGUUUUUAUGUAUGUUAAUUCCGCAUAUGAAGGAAAUGACCCACUUUCGUUAUGGGAGGAUGCUAAAUCACAGAUGGAGAUGGAAGUCCAGUGCUGGCCCUACAGCUUCCCAGCAUCUGAGGAAUUUCCCAAGUCAUACCAACGGGGUAAUGUUAGGGGCAGACUACUUAUUCAAGAUAGAUACAUAAGCAACGAUUAUAUAUCUGUCAAUGGUGCGUAUGUUGGGUUAGCCCUGCCAGGAGACAUUGGAUCGUGGCAAAGAGAAUGCAAGGACUAUCAAUUCUGGACCACAACUGAUGAAGACGGCUACUUUUGCAUCAAUGGGAUACGCACGGGCGAUUAUAAUCUGAAUGCAUCAGUCCCUGGUUUUAUUGGAGAUUAUCAUUACGAUGUUGUUAUGACUAUAACCUCAGGUUGUGACAUUGAUAUGGGUGAUCUUGUAUAUGAGCCUCCCAGAGAUGGCCCUACUUUAUGGGAAAUAGGCAUUCCGGAUCGUUCUGCUGCAGAGUUUUAUGUUCCCGACCCUAAUCCAAAGUACAUUAACAAACUCUUCGUCAAUCAUCCUGACAGGUUUAGGCAGUAUGGACUGUGGGAAAGAUACUCAGAGUUAUAUUCUGAUCAAGACUUGGUUUAUACCGUUGGUGUCAGUGACUACAGCAAAGACUGGUUCUUUGCUCAGGUUACCAGGAAAAAUGAAGAUAAUAAAUAUCAAGGAACUACUUGGCAAAUUAAAUUCAAUCUUGACAAUUUAGACCAAACUGGUUCCUACAAGCUGAGAGUAGCGCUUGCUUCUGCAACUUUUUCUGAAUUGCAGGUUCGGGUGAAUGAUCCAAAGGCAAAUCGCCCUCUAUUCACGAGCGGGAUGAUAGGGAGAGAUAACUCAAUAGCAAGGCAUGGAAUCCACGGGCUUUAUUGGCUUUACAAUGUGGACGUACCAAGCUCUCGGCUUGUCGAGGGAGAUAAUAUAAUCUAUCUGACGCAACCAAGAAGCACAGGCCCUUUCCAGGGCAUUAUGUAUGAUUAUCUUCGCUUUGAAGGCCCCUCAUCUCCAAGCUCCAAAUGAUAGAUUACUUUUAGAAUAUUAAAACAUUUCUUUUAUGGUUAAUCAGAUUGUACUACUACUUUAUAGCAUGACCUGAGAUAGCUUUAUUAAAUAGUAAAAAGCAUCCUUGGAUGGUUGUCCAUA